AUGGCUACUUUUGAAACGGACUACGACGGGUACGGCGCGCAAAAGGAAGACGACCUGACGAUGUCACUUGAACAAAAAUCUGUUGGGUUUAUUAAAGCAGAAUGCAGUAAGAAAAUGAAAUAUGUUAAACAAGGUGCCGAACCCAUUCUUGUAGAUGAAUUCAAGUUAUGCACAGAGAAUGCACCGACGAAAACAUCCAAUUGGCGCCUUGUAGCACAAAAAUAUAUCUGUCCAGCGCUCGAAAAACUGCAUCGCUUUUUUGCGACAUACGGUUGCACCAUGGAGCCCAUAGUUUCGCAAUAUAUGCAGCAUCCUAGUGCGAUACCAAAAGAAUUAUGCACCCUUAGCUGGCGGAGCAAUCACCCGAACGAGAACGAAACCAAUGAAGAAAAAGUGGAGCGCUCUUUUAUGUCUGGAAGAGAUUUUAUACUUUCUACAUUGCAGAGCUGCGAUUCAGUAGCCUUUUAUGCUUGCGGUCUGCAACUUGUUGAAAAUGAUCGUAAGAGUACGACAGGAGUGGAUGUGCUCUGCAUCUUCAGUGAGAAGUUUUUGCAAUUUUCGGCUCAUCUUUUUUUCUGA